GAUACCCAGGUUUGUAACAUAUGUAACACUGUACAUAUAUCGAUCCAGCAUAUUCGCAGAUCACCUACGACUUUGAAUUCGGAGCUCUCUCCUCGUUAGUGUUGUAGAUACCCCAUUCCCGACCAGGAUGCCCUGGCUCCGUAUCUUAGACACAGAAUCAAUAUUUCUACUCCACCCCAAGUCUUCAGUUUUGGGGAUGUGCUCACCAGGGCGUCCAGACACUCGCCUUAACAAAGAUGUACUGAAUUUCAUUCGGGUAUAUCGACAGGAAGUAACCGCGCAUCCCAUACAAAGCACACCAUCCCGGGACCUUGGUAUCUGGGACGAAGAAGCAAGCCCGCAAACGGAUGCAACCGGAAACAAGGCGGGGGAAGUUGGUAUCGUACAUGAACCGGUUCGCCAUUAGACCAAGGGUUCCCCGGUAUCUUGGUGCACAAAGAAGCAUACAAAGAAAGCAAAUUCCCCACCAUCGCGGUAUCGAAGAUUAUCGUCUCCCUCAUCU